UUCUAUAACUCUGCCUUUCAAAUAAAUAAACAAAUCUUAAAAAAACUUACCUGUAUCCCAUAUAGGAGUAACUCACUUUAAUUCCCAGCUCUAGCUCUUCAUUCCAGCCUCCUGCUAAUGCAGAUUCUGGAGGAUGAAUUCCUGCCACCCACUGAGAGAUCUGGAUUGAGUUCUUGGCUCCAGGUUUUGGCCUCCCAGCCACUGCAGACAUUUGAGGAGUGAACAAGGGGAGGGGAGCAUGCUCUUUCUUUUUCUCUCAUUCUUUCUUUCUGCCUUUCAAAUGGGUAAAUCUAAAAAAAACCCUUUUAACCCAUUAAUGGAAAUAUUUGAAUGUAGUAUGAAAUUAUGAAUGCACAGUAUCUGAUGUGAAUCUUUUAGCCUAUUAUUGCAAAGAGGACCAAUACAAUGUAAAUAAACAUGAAAUAAUACAUUAAAUAUGAAUAAUGUGAAGCACUUUUGAAAUAUAGGAAUAAGAGACACACCCAGAGCCUCCCACCCACUGCUGCUGCGCCUCUUCAUUUGCUGCCUGUGGGUCCCAUGUGCUGGGGACUUUCUCUGCCCCACACUCUGCUUUGCGCCUCAUGUGCCCGGAAGAAAGAGGACGUGCUCCCUGGACAUUCCACGGUGAUGAUAGCAUUUGAAGACCUGGCUGUUUACUUUACCUGGGAGGAAUGGCAGAACAUGAACAAAGCUCAGAAAAUCCUGUACAGGGAUGAGAUGCUGGAGACCUACAGUAGCCUGCUCUUCUUGGGACACUGCAUUACCAAACCCGACUUGAUCUUUAAGUUGGAGCAAGGAGCAGAGCCAUGGAUGGUGAGCGAAUUCCUAAAUCAGAACCUUCCAGUUGCCAUGAAAAGUGAUGACAUUAUUAGAACCAACCAGGAAAUUCAAGAAAACAUUUUUAAGCAGAAUGUUAUUACAAAUAACAAGACAUCAACUCCCAAAAGAGUUAUGUCAAUAAAAAGACUUAAUUUAAGUUCAAGUCAUGUUUCAAAGCUGAUUAACAAAAAAAGAAAUUAUUCAUCAAUGAAACCUGAGGAAUGCAACGUGUGUCACAAUGUGUUUCCCCACUGUGGGCAUGAUGAGCUGUAAGCUGGAGAGAAAUUUGAUGCCGCUAAGGUACCUGAGAACUCUGCCCAGUGCUGUGAGCCUCUUAGUGAGUAUCACAAGAUUCAGACUAUGAAGCCUUCAUUUGAACAUAGUGCACAAGGGAAAGACUUCAAAAAGAAGAAGAUAUUCUUUAGAUUUGGCAUGGUCCAUAUGGGAGAUUCCUGUAAUAAGUCAACUGUCACUGUUGGAAAGACAACUCAAAUAGAAAAGACUCUUCAUAAAAAUACUAACCUCAGUAAGCAUCAACAAAUCAACACAGGAGAGGAACUCUAUGAAGAUAUGGGAUAUGUGGAACCUCUUAUUUACAAAUCAAAUCUUGCAAUAAAUCAGAAACAACAUAUACAGAAAAAACCCUAUGGAUGUAAGCCUCGUGGAAAAUCCUUCAGGUUUAAGUCCUGCCAUACCAUCAUUCACAGUACUUCCACAUAGGAAAACUCCCAUGUGUGUAAUGAAUGUGGAAAAGCCACCUACCAGAAGUUAGAUGUCAUUAGACAUCAGGAAAUUCACACAGAGGACAAACCUAAUGAAUGUAAAGACUAUGGAAAAGCCUCUGGCAAGAAGUCACAUUUCAUGAUGCAACAGAGAAUUCACACAGGAAAGAAACCUUAUGAAUGUAAUAACUGUGGCAAAGCCUUCAGCUAUAAGUCACAACUCAUAAUCCAUCAGAAAAUUCAGACAGGGGAGAGACCUUAUGAAUGUAAAGACUGUAGAAAAGCCUUUGUCCAAAUGUCAGACCUCAGAAGACAUCAGAGAAUUCACACAGGGGAGAAAGCUUAUCAAUGUAAUGACUGUGGAAAAGCCUUCAGCUAUAAGUCACAACUCAAAAUUCACCAGAGAAUUCACACAGAGGAGAGACCUUAUGAAUGUAAUGACUGUGGAAAAGCCUUUCCUAUAGGUCACAACUUUUAAUCCAUCAGAGAAUUCACACAGGGGAGAGACCUUAUGAAUGCCAAAAUUGUGGGAAAGCCUUUGGCCAGAAGUCACAUCUCAUAAUGCAUCAGAGAAUUCAUACAGGUGAGAAACCUUAUGAAUGUAAUGACUGUGGAAAAGCAUUUGGCUCUAAGUCACAACUCAUAACCCAUCAAAGAAUUCAUACAGGGGACAGGCCUUAUAAAUGUAAUGACUGUGGAAAUCCCUUCAGCUAUAAGUCACAACUUAUAAUCCAUCAGAGAAUUCACACAGAGGAGAAACCUUAUGAAUGUAAUGAUUGUGGGAAAACAUUUGGCAAGAAGUCACAUCUCAUAAUGCAUCAGAGAAUUCACACAGGGGAGAAGCCUUAUGAAUGUAAUGACUGUGGAAGAGCCUUCAGCUAUAAAUCACAACUCAAAAUCCAUCAGAGAAUUCACACAGGAGAAUAACCUCAUGAAUGUUAUGACUACAGAAAAGCUUUUUGCUGUAAAUCACAACUCAUAACACCUGACAGCUUUUGUAAGGCUGGGUGAGUGUUGACAAAUUCAGUUUCUUUUUGUUUGAUAGGUCUUUACUUCACAUUCAACAUAAAUGAGUACUUUGCAGGGUAUAGUAUUCUCAGUGGAUGGAUUUUUUUUCUCUUAAGACUCACACUAUGUCUCUCCAUUCUCUCAUAGGCCAUAGAGAUUCUAAUGAGAAGUCACCUGUGAAUCUAGUUGGAAAUCCUUUGAAAUUUAUCUGACAUUUCUGUAUUGCACAUUUUGGUAUUUUCUUUUUGUUUUAUUGUUAAAAGUUUGCAAUGUCUUUUGGCAG